AUGGCACAGGCAGCGACGCAGACGCCGGCACAACCACCCAUCCAGCUGACCGCAGCCGGUUUCGUGUCUGGCGCACUCGCAGCAUGCACGGCCGUCACGAUUACGAACCCGAUGGAGGUCGCCAAGACACGGCUGCAGCUCGACGGUGAAUUGCAAGGACGCGCGCACAUCAAGCUCGCGCCUGCGGUUGCCGGAUCAGGCGCGGCAGCAGCUGGGAUUCCCGAGGUUCAUGCGAGCGUCAAGGCUGGGCCGAGCGGGAGGGUGUACACGAGCGCGCUGGAUUGCAUGCAGAAGACCUGGAGGUUCGAGGGCUUGCGGGGAAUCCAGCGGGGAUUGGGAGCGGCGUACGCAUACCAGGUCGCACUCAACGGCUCGCGGUUAGGGUUCUUCGAGCCGUUCCGACACGCGAUCAACUCUGUAGCGGGUUACGAGCAAAACUCGGUUCACGCAUGGACGAGUUUGUUGGCGGGUGCAAGUUCCGGCGUUGUUGGAGCGAUCCUCGGCAACCCCCUCUUCCUCGUCAAAGCGCGCAUGCAAGCCUACUCGCCCUUCAACCCCGUCGGCGCACAACACCACUACACCAGCGCGUUCAACGGACUCGCCAGCAUCGUGCGAAAAGAAGGCGUCAAGGGUCUCGCGCGCGGAGUCGAUGCAGCCAUGUUGAGGACCGCGAUGGGGUCGAGCGUGCAGUUGCCGGCGUACAAUUUGGCCAAGACGACGCUGAAUGGGUGGGGGAUGGGGGACAAUGUCGGAGUGUACUUGCUGAGCAGUACGUUCAGCGGGAUGUGCGUGUGCGCGGUCAUGCAGCCGGCGGACACGGCCUUGACGCGGAUGUACAACCAGUCGCCCAACUCGGUCGGGCCCGACGGCAAGCCUCGAGGGCUACUCUACAAGAACCCCAUCGACUGCCUCUGGAAGACGUGGAGGACCGAGGGCUUCGCUGGACUAUACAAGGGAACGAUCGCACCGCACACGGUCGUUACGCUGGUGACGAACGAGAUGAUUUCGCGGCAGUGGACGGCGUGGAAGCGUGCGCGGACGGCAGUUGCGCGGGAUUGA